CAGACUUUGCGACAAAGUCGUCAGAGGAAACAGUGGGCGACAUCGGACUGAUGGCUGCGGUCGUUUAACACAAUCUACAUCAGAGACUUUUUAAAAGCAUUUAUAUUUUCCGGGGUCGUGCUAUGUCUUCGGGAAUGACAGGACAAACGCCCUGCCUAACAAGUCGCUGGGACCAACCAGCACAACCUAAAAAGAGUGUGGACGUGCAGCAACAGAAGAGCAUUGGCAAUGCCACGCUCCCUGUCGCCUUCCCAGGGGUUGUCGGCUCCACCGGGUCAAAGAGCCCAGCCUCUCAGCCACCAGAGGCAGAAGAAACACCAACAGGGGGAGUUGAGAAAGCAGCAGCCAUGGCUGCUAAAAUAAAUGCCAUGUUGAUGGCAAAGGGAAAACUUUUAACUCCUCCACCAUUACUUCCUAAGAAACCCCAAAGUAUCCCUGUACCAACCCCUGCAGAAGAAAUGGUGGUCACAGAGGUCGACAUAAAUGACGUACCACUAAACUGCAGAGAACUUCUUACUAAAGGAAAAACACAAGAGGAAAUCAGGUUAAUUAGUGGAGCCGUUGUCUCAACUAAAGGUCUUUACAUGCCUGAAAUUGAAAAAGGAGCGGCAGGACAAAGACCUUUGUAUUUACAUGUUCAGGGAAAAACACAAGAGCAAGUCAAUAAAGCUGUGAUGAGAAUAAAGGAGAUAAUUUCUGAAGAUGUGAUAAGAGCCUCAGCAGCGUCCGGAGGACAGCAAGUUCCUGUGAUCCCACCACUCACUCUUUAUCCUCAACCACCUCGGCCCGUCAUUCCCACUCCUGUGCCACGUUUGCCCAACGCAAACUCUGUGCCGGGCCAGGGACAUCGACCAGCAGCUCCUCAUACAGGGAGUUUUGUGCACACUAAAAUCUUUGUGGGCCUGGACCAAGCGUUACCCUCGUUCAACGUGAAGGAAAAGGUCGAGGGUCCAGCCGGUUCGUACCUGAGUCACAUCCAGACCGAGACGGGGGCUCGAGUCUUCCUCAGGGGGAAAGGGUCCGGUUACAUCGAACAGGCAUCCAAACGAGAGUCUUUUGAGCCUCUUUAUGUCUACAUCAGCCACCCGAAUGCAGCUGGAUUAGAGUCUGCUAAGAAACUCACAGAGAGUCUGCUUGAAACUGUGAGAGCUGAACAUGCCCAAAUGGUGUCAGUGUACACAGCCACGGGCGCAACACAGCCAUACGCAGCACAUGGAUUUCCAACUAAUAGCAGUUACUCUAGCCAGGGGUCCUGGUAUAACUACCCAGCAAAUGGGUAUGCUGGCGGCUAUGCAGCGUAUCCAGGAGCCGGUGGUUACUGGAGUAAUGCAAAUGGCCCCCCAAGUCAAUCUAACCUGUCGACAACCCCAUCUCCAUCUUCUCAGGCAAUGAUUCAGUAUCCAGUGUGUCCUAGGAAACCACAUCCCUUUCUUGUCCAGGAUCCGUGCAGCAGUGAGACAGUGGAGCCUGGAGGAUCUAUAAACACCCCCCCUGACUCAGGAAGUCCCAAAGAUCACUUCCAGGAGGGGGCUAAGGAUGAACAGCCUGCCAGCUGCUCUCCAGAGGGCCCUGCUCACCUGGAGUCCACGCUUCCUUCGUCCAGCGUAGGAGAGGAGAAAGUUGUAGAAAGGAUAUUGAUGCCUCCACCUCCGUCACCGUUUGUGGCUCCUCCCCCCGUUACACGCAAGAGGCUGAGGGACGCCGCCCCAGAAGCCCCGGCCAGCCCGCCCCCAGCCGCCCCCGCGUCUGCGGGUGUUGAGGAAGAGGUGUCGGUGAAGAAGACUAAAGUGAGCGUUGAUACUUCUGGGCUCGUGCCCUACGGCGGAGAUUCCUCAGAUGAAGAGGAUGAGAGGACACACAGCAGUAAGACAGAAAACCUAUAACGUCUGUCACCCCCCACUGUCCCAGAGAUUUUUACAGACCAAAAGUUUUAACACUCACCAUAUCGACACCAUGAAAGGAGAAGUCUGCCCUGAAAUAACCAUACCAGCAUAUUUGUACAUUUUACCUCCUUUUUUCCCCUCUUUGGUUUAUCUUUCUAUCCUUCCAAAAAGAACAGGUUUUCACUUUGUUUUGGUUCUUGCCAAAAAAUCAGGUAAAACUUUCCAUACAUGCAAAUGAACCUCAACCUGACGGGUUUAAAACAGUAACAUGCAGUAUGUGGAAUAUUGAUUAUGUGUGUAAAUUCCCAAAGUAUAGCGCUUUACUAGUCUAAACAGAGGUUCUUAUUUCCUUUGUCCAUCCAUGUUUAGGUUUUUGUCGUCUCUGCCUCUAGAUGCUCUUGCACAAGUGUAAGGUUAAACUUGUUUGGAUAUAUCGUAAUCUAAAAUACUUUAUAAGCUGAUGUAAAUACAGAAGCUAACAACAGCAAGGUCUGUUUGUAGUCAAAUGUCAUUUUAGGCUUUUGAAAAAAGCUAAACUUUGUUUCACUUUAAUCUGACUCUAAAUGUUGCCCUCAUCAACUUUUAACACAGAACAAAUUGUAUUAAAUCUCAGUCAUUACACACGUCUCAAAGUAUGGAGGUACACAGGGCGGACUUCUCUAAGAUGUGAAUACAGCUGUAUAAUAAAGAAAAACUUUCUUUUUUUUUCCCCCUCCAACUUUUGUUAAAGUCCCAUUUUGAGCUUCGACAUCUGGCCUUGCUGCAAUCACAGAUUGUUUAAAUGCAUAUAAACUUCAGUGAAACCUUUUUCUUAUCUUGGAAAAUGGUGUAUGCCUGUUCCCAUGGAAUACUAUAAUAAAACAACUUCAGAAAGUA